AUGGCACCAUCACGCUCCAACACCAACACCACACGAUACGACGAGGACGGUAAACCUCUUCCUACCCGGAAUGAGUUCUACCGCCGCCUGACCGGCUCUUCUCUCUCCACGGAUCAAAUCCAGAAGUCCGUGGACCACCAGAUGAACGCUGGAGGAUUCCAGGAUCCCCUUCCCGAGGGUGACUAUCCUUUCUCAUCCUCUGCAGCACCAGCUCCCCCUCCCGUCCGUAAGGCGACUAACCCAGUCCCAGUUCGGAAGGCGAGUGGUGCGAAGCCUGCUCCAGCAUUCCCAAAUAUUCCUCCAGCUCCUAAGCCCGCCCCUGUUCCAGAGGAGAAGGCCGCGGUCCCUACGCCCAAGGCGCAAAUGGACCACUACGCGAAGCAAUUCACUGGCCUCCCUCGAGGUCGGUUUACUGCUUGUGUAGCGGCUGAGGCGGCGCGAAUUCGCAAAGCUGGGGGAUGGGAAGCUGUUAAGGAUGAUGAGGCGUUCUUGGGUGCCGCGAAAAGGGUUCUCCCUUGGAUGGAAGACGAGGAUGAAGAGUAA